AUGACGGAAAUAUUCCACCACUUUUUCGAAUUAGUUGCUCCGCUCACCGCUCUCGCCGCUAUUUUUAUUCUCCCCUUUGGACCGAUAUUUUUUCCACGCACUUACAUUUGGUUCCUACUGACCUACUUCACAGUAUUCUUAUAUAUUUCCAUAAACCACUUUCUCAAAUUCUGUAUAACCGUCAGAAAUAUUAAGAGGAACAUUCGGGAUUGGAAUGCGAGGCGAGAACAUCAAUCAACAUCCCGAGAUUACACCACGAAAGAGGUGGUGAAAAGCUCGGCGACUAGUAAUGAGAGGACAACACCGACAAGAAAUGGUUACACGUCUGUGCCCAUGACCGACCAAUUCGAUAGCGACACCAGAUUAAAUGAGAUGGAGAAUGCGCUAAAAAUUUAUGAUGACGGGCAUUAUAUUCAUGCUUUUGUCAUACCAAAUUACGAAGAACCAGAAGCAUUACUAAGAGACACCAUAAAAAGAUUGGCUCAGCAUAGGAACGCCACCACAACUUACAUCAUUGUACUGGCGAUGGAAGAAUCAGAGGUCGAUCACGCCUCAAAGGCAGCAAGCAUCAAAAGAAACUUUGACGACUCCUUUCUUGACUUUAUAAUCACGGUCCAUCCCAAAGAUGUCCCAGGCGAGAGUCGGGGGAAAGGAAGUAAUGUUGCAUAUGCCGCUCGGGAGGCAUGCGACUACCUGGUACGAAAGUUUGACAGGCGACGUGUAGUCUUUACCAUAACGGAUUCCGAUUCAGCAAUUCCAGAACUCUACGUUCGCCACGUGGAAAAGGCACUGACAGAAUCCGAGGAUCCUUACAACACCAUAUGCUCACCACCCAUCUUUUUCUCAAGGAACGCACUGAAUGUUCCCGCCGCAGUGCGUGUCACGGAUAUAAUGUGGUCUAUCAUGGUCAUGCAAAACCUGAGUAAUCCUCGGGGUUUGGCAUUUCCCUGUUCUACGUAUAGCUUGAGCAUGCUUCUUGCAGAACAAGUCGGAUUCUGGGACACUGACAAAGAUGCUGUCGGUGAAGAUUUGCACAUGUGGCUAAAAUGUUUCUUCAAAACGGGAGGUCAAGCUAGAUCAGUUCCGAUAUUCGUUCCGAUAAAUCUUACCAAUGUCGAAACCACUAGUUACAUCUCAAAUAUAUACGCUCGUUUUGUUCAAGCAAAGCGUCACUAUAACGGUGUCGCAGAUGUCGCGUAUUCGUUGAAGUCGGCUUUCAGCAAAAAUGGUCAUUCACUAGACACUGAAUCACUUCUCGGUUCCUCCCCUACCACAAUGACGGCGGCCACCACAUACACAUCUUCGUCCGGAAAGAGACCUUCUUGUCUGAUGUCUUGCUCAUUUUUUGAUAAAGCCAUGGUGGUUUUUCAUGUACUCGAGGCUCACAUGAUCCCAGCAACGUCGGGAUGGCUAAUGUUCGCAGCAGUACCUAUAACGCAGUUCUUGCUUAUAUCGACAUAUUCACCUAUAGCCGACUAUUACCCCAGUUUUCAAAAUCCGAUAGUCAAUUCGGACUUUUACGCCUACAUGUUCUCAUUAGUACAAGCUGUAGGCGUACUGUUACCCAUGCCUUUGCUCUUAUGCGCAAUGAUCUAUGAGGGCUUACACAGGACAGUAGACGCAGAGCUAUUCAAGAAAGGUAAUAGUGAGACGCGGACAUGGAAGAACUAUACGGACUAUAUGUGGUUACCAGUUAGUGCAUGGUUAUUUAUGACGUUGCCGAGUACCUGGGCUUGUGUGAAGAGACUGACCAGAAGUGAAGAGAAAUAUGUUGUGGCCGAAAAAAUAUUCACAGAAGCUAUUGUUGAGUAG